GGAUAAGGUUACUCUCAACACAUUUUGUUUUCUGUGACACAGACCCCAAAGAUCUGUAAUUAUCCUGGGAUUGCUGUGGGGGGUUGCCUGCUUCUUCCUAGUUAUUUUUCUGUGUGAGAGCACGUGUGCAUCUGUUUGUGCCUGUGAUCUUUCUCUUUCUCGGCUUUGUUGUCCCCCUUUGGCACUGGAGAGCUGGUGUGUGUGUGCUCCUGUGCGUGUGUGUAUAUGUGUGUGUAGGGGGGGUCUCAGCAGUGCCAAAAAAGAUCUGCUGAAGAGUCCGAGGGAGGCAAGCAGCGCUAUUUUUGUUCGAGGCUGAUACUUUUUGUAUGAGUUGAAGUCACCGCCUAGAAGAGGGCUCAGGUUGUUUCUAGGGGGAGAACUGUGCAGAAGAGACCCAAAGUUCAUCAAAGGCCCAAGAAGCAGCUAGAACAGCAAGCAAAAAGCAGAGGCCCCCCCACAAGUGAACAGUGCACCCUCUGGCUGGGCCAGCUCAAGGAUCCUGAAGCAUUCUUCAGACUGCCAUCUUCACAGCACCUUUUUAAACUAACACUCACCCCUGCCACCAUGACUGAGAUCUCAGCAGAAGGUCACACAUCUACAACCACCACUGUGAUAGAUGGCAAAAAUGGAUCAGUGCCCAGGACGUCUGGAAAAAUGCUGAAGAGAUCAGUCACAGAAGACAUUGUCACGACAUUCAGCUCUCCAGCCGCAUGGCUUCUGGUUAUUGCUCUAAUCAUUACCUGGUCAGCUGUAGCUGUUGUCAUGUUUGAUCUAGUGGAUUACAAAAACUUUUCAGCAAGUUCCAUUUCCAAGAUUGGCUCUGACCCUCUAAAAAUUGUACAUGAUGCUGUGGAAGAAACUACAGAUUGGAUCUAUGGAUUUUUUUCAUUGCUGUCUGAUAUCAUAUCUUCCGAUGAAGAUGAUGAUGAUGACGAGGGAGUCGACACUGAUGAAGGAGAAGAGGAAGAGCCUCCAUUGAAAAAACAUGAAAUUCACAAAGAGAAGGCUGAAAAGCAGGAAAAACCUGAAAAGAAAAUAGCACCUAAAGUGACUCACAAAGAAAAGCCAGAAAAAGAAAAACCCGAAAAGAAAGCAAGUCACAAAGAUAAACCUGAGAAAAAAGAAAAACCAGAAAUGAAAUCACUACUCAAAGAUGAGAAGAAGAGUAAAAGCUCAAAAGCUGAAGAAAAGAGUAAGAAGGAAGUGAAAAGUGGAAAACCAGAGAAGGUGAAGCAAGCUGAUGCCAAAGCAAAAAAGGUGGAGAAAACACCAGCUAAACCCAAAGGCAAAGAAGAAAAAGGAACUGCAGCUGUUUCAAAAAAUGAACAGAAAGAUCAGUUUGCAUUCUGUCGCUAUAUGAUUGACAUGUUUGCCCAAGGGGAUUUAAAACCAGGACAAAGUCCAGCAAUACCUCCUCUACUACCGGUUGGACAAGUUUCCCAGUCUGAACUGGCAUCAUCAGCUCUUGGAGGCAAGUUCCUUGUUUCUUUUUCAGAGACUUUCUUAUUUCAAAUAACAACCCCUUCUUGAUGGUGUAGCAGGAUU